AUGCAUUUCUCCAGCCUCCUCGUCGCCUCGGCCCUCUGCCUGACCCCAGCCGUAUACGGCUAUGGCGUGGCCCAAGUCACAGUGAAGUCCCACGAAGAUUGCGACCCUGGCGCUCCCGCCAAUGACAAGCUUAUUGGAGAUGCCGAAACCACGUACGUCACCGAAGAUACUUGCGAAAAGGCCAAGAUCUCGCACAGCCUGUCAAUCGAUGCCUACUCGGUGAGCCUUCAAGACGUCACCAAAGAUACCUCUGAGCGCUGCCAUGGUCUGGGUGUCUAUGCGAAUGACCAGUGCAUUGGCGUCCCCAACGCAGUGGUUCCCUUCUACCCGGGAGAGGAGGAUGCCGAGAGCGGCUGCAUCCCGGAUGACCCGUUCGACAAAUACGUCUACGUCAGGCUACUGUGUGAUGGGGGUGACGGUAACGCGGAUGACCUGAAGAAAGUGGAAUCGCACAACCCUGCCGAAGAUCUCGCCAAGGACCCUAACGAUACUGAGAACAAUGGCGGCGGCAACAUACUCGGCGGGCUUGGUCUUGGUUUAUCUGAACUUCGAAUUUUUAUGCGCAAGAGACUGAACAUAUUAAAACUUCCGCCCAUUGUAGUAUCACCAUCAAACGCUACCGAGUACUACUAUGGAUUUCAAUUCCAGACCACAUGUGUAACCAUAGCACAACAAACAAACAACCACUCUCUAUCUACCAAUGGACUAAAUUCAGUGCGAUCGGUAGAUCAUCACCAAACUCCAAUCACAGACUGGUAG